UGUGCUGAGAGUGAGUGAGAGAGAGAGAGAGAGAGAGAGAGAGAGAAGAGAAUGGCGGGUGAAUCGGAUUAUGGAGCUUUCACGGAGAAAUUCAUUAUACAUCCAAGCUCUUCACCUGAUCAGGAACUUCCCUUAAAGGGCCUCACCUUUGCUGUCAAAGACAUAUUUGACAUGGAGGGAUACGUUACUGGGUUUGGAAAUCCUGAUUGGGCACGGACUCAUUCGGCUGCUACGACAACAGCUCCCGCUGUUUUGGCUGUGUUAAGUGGAGGUGCUACAUGUAUGGGUAGAACUGUCAUGGAUGAAAUGGCAUACAGUAUAAAUGGAGAAAACAAGCAUUAUGGGACGCCAAAAAAUAUCUGUUCACCAGAUCGGUUGCCUGGAGGAUCUUCAAGUGGAUCAGCCGUUGCAGUUGCUGGAAUGCUGGUAGAUUUCUCCUUGGGGUGGUUUGCUAGGGAUGCUGACAUCCUGAACCGAGUCGGACGGGUAUUAUUGCAGUUGCCUGAGGUGGAACCUGUGAAACCUACUCACAUCACUAUUGCAGAAGAUUGUUUCCCGCUUCUAAGCAUCCCAAGUCAUCGAGUAACUUCAGUCCUUGUUAAAUCGGUGGAGAAGCUAUUUGGUGGUCACAUUGUAAAGUAUGCGUGCCUUGGGGACUAUGUUAAAGACAACGUUCCGACUUUGAAGCAUUUCAAGGGCGACAGACUGGAGAAUCAAGAAUAUAAUGUUGCGCCCUUGGCUGCUCUCUCAAGUGCCUAUAGGCGGCUUGAAAGGUACGAAUUCAAGAAUAAUCAUGGUGAGUGGGUUAGUACAAUCAAACCUGAUUUGGGUCCUGGUAUAUCGGAAAGAGUGUGGACAGCUGUGAGGUCAACAGAUGAAAAUCUCGAUGUCUGCCACUCAGUGAAGACUGAACUGCGUGCUGCUCUCACUGCUCUCUUAGGGGACCAUGGUAUCCUAGCAAUCCCCACAGUUCCAGGGCUUCCACCAAAAUUGCAAACAGAGUCAUCUACAUUGAAAACAUUUCGUUUCAGAGCUUUUAUCUUGUUGUCUAUUGCUGGAAUGUCUAGCUUCUGCCAGGCUCUCUCUCGCUCUCUCUCUCUCUCUCCCCGUUAUAUAAGGACCUCCCAUUUUUGGGUCAUAUUUCGAUGAUCUAAACCAUUCAACUUGUUUAAAACAUGUUUUUAAGGGUAUUUGCUAGAAAUUAGCUCAAAAUAUUUCCGGAAAGUGCUUUAUCCAAACAAUUUUUCAAGUAACCGUUCCUAUCUGCAUUUAUAAAAAACUAUUUGGAUUAAGCAUUUCCCGGUCAUACAUAUAUACACACACACACACAAAUGUGCGUCUAUGUGACACAUGAACUUGUUAUUUAGCUUCUUGAUUACCAAAAUAGUAAUUCUGACAUGUAUACAAAAGAGUCCAUGUGGCAUAUUAACUCAAUAUUUAGCUUCUUGAUUACCAAAAUAGUAGUAUUUUUGACAGAGACAUAAAAGUGCAUGUGUGUGACAUAUGAACUUAGUAAUAUUUACCUUUUUGAUUACCAAAAUAGUAUUUUUGAAGUUGGUCAAUUUCACAGGUGAGCAUACCACUUGGAACGUAUAACAAUCUUCCUGUAUCAGUUUCCUUGUUAGCGAAACAUGGAUCUGAUGGGUUCUUGCUGAAUCUUGUUGAGACGCUUUACGGAACUCUCAGGGAACAAAUUGACAUCGCUCAAGAACUGAGUUACUGAAGUUCUUAACUUGUUAAUGUAAAUUUCUAUUUCUUAUUCAAAUAAAUAUAAGCAUUGGUGCAUUAUUACA